AUGGGGCGUCCAGCCAGGAUGGCGCCCGCCACGCCAUCACCCACAGCUUCAAGCUCUCACCACAAACACUUCCCGGUACCUCAGCCACAAAAAGAGCCGGCAAGACCGGAAAGUCCGGCUAGCCCGUGUGUCGAGAACCUGAGCUUUAAACGUGAGCCCGAGAAACCUGUGAGACCGCCCUCGCCCCAAACUUCUAGAACAAAAUCCAUCGACCCCACCCCCACAUCCAUCCCAACACCCACCCCCACAUCCACGCCUGCGGUUGAACCUGUCACGGUAUCGAUACCAAACUUGAAGUAUUCGCUCCACAGCCACCAAGACCAGCAGAGACACCAUCCGGCCGCUACCACCUCCCGCACGCCCUCACACUCGCCUCGGUGCUACGACCACAGCAAGCCCACGUCGCCGUACGCCCACAGCAAGCCCACAUCGCCGUACGCCCACAGCAAGCCCACGUCGCCGUACGCCCACAGCAAGCCCACAUCGCCGUACGCCCACAGUGCGCAUGCGUUCGUCCAGUACACACGGGACAUGUACACGGGUCUGCAUGACCCCGCCCGACAGGUCGUGAUGGGCGGCCUGACCCACGGGCUGGGCGGCCUGACCCACGGGCUGGGCGGGCUCCACCCAGCAGUGUCACGUGACUUUAGAGAUCACGUGUACCCCAUGUUCCACCCGGCGCUGGUCGGGGCCGCCACGCUGGAGGAGUACCAGGCCCACAUCCUCAGGAGCUACCAGUGGCUGGCCCCGGGCCUACUGGCCGGCACCACCCCCGGGCUGACCACCCCCGGGCUGCCCGGCCAUCUGUUUGACACGAUGAAACAGUCCCACCCACACGUCAACAACAAUAUGGGCUACUCGCCCUCCCACUGCGAGCAGAGUCACGUUUUAACCAAACAGCGAGGUCACGGUGACAUCCCGGCCAAACAGCUGAGUCCCGGCUCGUCCUGCAGCACGCCGGGCAGUCAUGUGACCAGCAAGCCAGCUGAGCCGGGCGGCGGCUCCUACGGCUCCCAAAGCCCGGCCUGCAGCCCCAACGACGUGUCGGUCAAGACGGAGGACGAGCUGGAUGAGUGCAUCGACCUGUCCUCGCCCCUCAGCUCGGCCUCCAGCUGCCACGAGAGCUCCAAAAAACUUUUGGGAAAAUCCCAGAAAACCUUCACGUGCCCGGAGUGUGGCAAGGUCUUCAACGCCCACUACAACCUGACCCGCCACAUGCCCGUCCACACAGGCGCCCGCCCCUUCGUCUGCAAGGUGUGUGGGAAAGGUUUUCGGCAGGCCAGCACCCUCUGCCGCCACAAGAUCAUCCACACCUCAGAAAAACCUCACAAGUGUGGGACGUGUGGGAAGGCGUUCAACCGCAGCUCCACCCUCAACACCCACAUGCGGAUCCACCAGGGCUACAAGCCGUACGUGUGCGAGUUCUGUGGCAAGGGCUUCCACCAAAAGGGCAACUACAAGAACCACAAGCUGACCCACAGCGCCGAGAAACAGUACAAGUGUAGCGUCUGCUCCAAGGCCUUCCACCAGAUCUACAACCUCACCUUCCACAUGCACACGCACAACGACAAGAAGCCUUACACCUGCCACGUCUGCGGGAAGGGAUUCUGCCGGAACUUUGACCUGAAGAAGCACAUGCGGAAGUUGCACGACGGCGCCCAGAUCAGCAGCUCCGGGAGCACAUCGGACCCCCACAGCCCGCCCCCAAACACACCCCAAUCUUCCCACCCCAACCUCCCCUCCCCACACGGGCCCAUGUUCCCGGGGCAGGGAAGUUUCAGCCCCUCCGCCUUCCUGUCCCGCCCCCAGCUGUAUCACCACCAGGCGCUGGCCUGUCAGGGGCGUAUCCUGCCCCCCUACAUGGUGGGUUCCAACACGGCAAGUCUGCUGCACAAGAUUUCUUCAUUUAUUUAA